CCCCCCCCCCAAAAAAAAAGGACUUCUAUUUCAGGAGAAACAGUGCUUAAAUCAAACAUUAUUCUCCACCAACAAGCAUCAUUGUAGUAGAUUUGACUACAUUUUUUUAAAUGUGCAAAUUCAAUUUGAGAAUGUACCAAAACAACCUCAAAUUAGUCUGUAGUGUACUAUUUAAGGGCUCAAAUGCAUUUGGUUGAAUGUAAAUAUAGUAUGCAUGGGCUUGCCUUGUUCGCUAACAUUUUGUAUGUUUGGUAGUUGUGCCACUGCUAUUAUAAUUUACUGCAAAAGGUAAAAUUAAUAUGUGGCGACAAUUUACAUACUUCAAAUAAAAAAGGCAUACAAAAUAGGGAAACGCUUGUUCAUUGAAUUUGACUUUGAUGUCAAUGUUCACUUGUUAGUAUUUGAUCUUACUUGAAAUUUUUGUCCAAGAUGACCUCUAUUAUGUCAUUUUAUGCUGUUGUAACCACAUAUUGAAAUUACCUGCAGAAUGAUAUCAGUGAGCAAUCACAAACCAUUAGCAUUCAACAUGCCCUACAGUAUUGUUAAAAUCCGGUUAGUGGCUCAUUUUGGUGUUUUUUUUUUAAUACAAUGCCAAAAACCGAUGGCAUUACGAAUAAACAAGGACAGGCAAUAAUAAUAAUGCAAAUUGCGCUGUCCCUAUGAGAGUGAACACCAUUUCCCAUAUUAAAUCAUGCAUUCUCUUGUUAUAGCAAUUGACACUUAGUCAUAUUUAAUAAAAACUAUGUUUUUCUGAUAAUUAAACAUGUGCUAAAGUCGCAGUGAAAUAUGGUACGAGCAUUGUUAGCUGUUAUGCUAUAGAGGCUGUAGUCAAGCGUUAUAUAAAGAACUACAAGUCCCAGAAUGCAUUGGGCUCUGCGCUCCCUCCAUUCACAUCCGCUCUCCUCGCUAUCUAGUGUUGGAAAAGGGACUUUGUCAAACUGUAGCGAUGUCAGUGCAGGUUGUGGCAGCGAAAAUGGCAGAGGUCGAACUCAAAGACGUAGCCACCGGUAAAGAAUUACCGACCGAUUCCCCGACAACACCGAACUCGGAGGGACUGAACAUGGCCAGAAACUAUCCACACGAGGCCGGUUCCUCCGCCGCUGCGUCCCCGACAGCGGAGCCCUCCACCAAAGCCGGGGAAGGCAGCCUGGGCUUGCUCGCCCCCAACGCGGCGAAGAUGCCGCAGGCGUCGGCUAUGAAACGUCCGGACCCACAACAGAACGGCGGUGAGGCAUUUGUCAACCGUGACGGCACCGUUGCGGAGGCACCGCGGAUGAAAAAGAUCCAGUUUGCAGACCAGAAACAGGAGUUCAACAAGCGGCCCUCUAAGAUCGGCCGCCGCUCUCUGUCACGUUCCAUUUCUCAGUCCUCCACAGACAGCUACAGCUCAGCGGCAUCAUACACCGACAGCUCAGACGAUGAGACGUCUCCUCGGGACAAACAGCAGAAGAACUCAAAGGGCAACGGAGACUUCUGUAUCAAAAACAUCAAGCAGGCCGACUUCGGACGUCGAGAGAUUGAGAUAGCAGAGCAAGAGAUGCCGGCCCUCAUGGCUCUGAGGAAGCGAGCCCAAGGCGAGAAACCCCUCGCUGGUGCCAAGGUGGUGGGCUGCACCCACAUCACCGCCCAGACGGCUGUGCUGAUGGAGACUCUGUCAGCUCUGGGUGCUCAGUGCAGAUGGGCUGCAUGCAACAUCUACUCCACCCAAAAUGAAGUGGCGGCUGCCCUGGCAGAAGGAGGUUUCAGCGUGUUUGCAUGGAAGGGCGAGUCUGAGGAUGACUUCUGGUGGUGUAUCGAUCGCUGUGUCAAUGUGGAAGGCUGGCAGCCCAACAUGAUUUUGGAUGACGGCGGAGACCUGACUCACUGGAUCUACAAAAAAUACCCUAACAUGUUCAAGAAGAUAAAGGGCAUUGUGGAGGAGAGUGUUACUGGUGUGCACAGGCUCUACCAGUUGUCCAAGGCAGGGAAGCUGUGUGUCCCCGCCAUGAAUGUCAACGACUCUGUGACCAAGCAGAAGUUUGACAACCUCUACUGCUGCAGGGAGUCCAUCCUAGAUGGCCUGAAGAGGACCACAGAUGUCAUGUUUGGAGGCAAGCAGGUGGUGGUGUGUGGAUAUGGGGAGGUGGGGAAAGGUUGCUGCGCUGCCCUCAAAGCAAUGGGCUCCAUUGUCUACGUCACAGAAAUCGACCCCAUCUGUGCCUUGCAGGCUUGCAUGGAUGGCUUCAGGCUGGUCAAGCUCAAUGAAGUCAUCAGACAAGUGGACAUUGUCAUCACCUGCACAGGCAACAAGAACGUGGUCGUGCGAGAGAACCUGGACCGCAUGAAGAAUGGCUGCAUUGUCUGCAACAUGGGGCACUCCAACACGGAGAUUGACGUGGCUAGUCUGCGGACACCAGAGCUGACCUGGGAGAGAGUGCGCUCACAGGUGGACCACGUCAUCUGGCCCGAUGGCAAGAGGAUAGUACUGUUGGCCGAGGGUCGUCUCUUGAACCUCAGCUGUUCCACAGUGCCCACGUUUGUGCUCUCAAUCACAGCCACAACCCAGGCUCUGGCCCUGAUAGAGCUGUACAAUGCUCCAGAUGGACGCUACAAACAGGAUGUUUACCUGCUGCCCAAGAAGAUGGAUGAGUAUGUGGCCAGCCUCCAUCUCCCCACGUUUGACGCACAUCUCACAGAGCUGAGUGACGAGCAGGCCAAGUAUCUUGGCUUGAACAAGAACGGGCCCUUUAAACCAAACUACUACAGGUAUUAGAAGCCGCUUCACAGGGUUGACAGCAGCACUCCACAACUGGCACAGACUCUAAAGAGGCAGAGGUGGAGCAGGACGGACAGGAAAGUCAACACACAUCCUUUAUAUAUACUGUAAUACUUACUGGGAGGAGGGCCUGAGAGGUGCUCAUUUAAUUUAUUCCCACUCGACAAGAGUAGUAAUAAUGAGUUAAAAAAAUCUCCGAGGAGCUGCUCCUGCUGCCAUUUGCCACCAGCUUGCUCGCUCCCCAGUGAAAUCUUCUUCUGGAGGACAUUUGAGUUCCUUUCUUUUGCUCUCACAUCCUCUCCUCCCUAUGCUACCUUUUUAUUCUUUCAGCAGAAAUAUAAAUAACAAAAACUUUGAUUUAAAAAAAAAAAAAAGAAAAAAAAUCUUGAAGAUUUCUUGUUGUUUUGGUUGUCGUCUUCUUUUAUACUUGUGAUUUUGUUGUAAUGGAAUAUUCCGGUGCGUGCGUGCGUGCGUGCGUGCGUGUGUAUACCUGCUGAAGUGUGGUCCAAUCAUAUCUCUCUUCUUUUUUUUCUUUUUUUUUUUUAAAACAUUUUAAUAGCUUUGUUCCGCCUCAUGUAGCCAGAGUGGACAGUGAUUGGCUCUUCCCAGCUGUCACUCACAUUGGAACCACCCCUUGGCUUUCCAACACACAUCUUAGUAUUUUUCAUGAAAAAAGAAAAAAAAAGUCACCAUAAUGUAUUGAAAGCAUGGCAAGAUGUUGUCAAAUCAUUAGAUUAGUAUAUUUAUACAGAAAAAUGUUUUUUUAAAGAAUAUUUUUUCUCCAUUUCAUUGUCACCAAGAAAUGCAAAUAUUAUAUGUGUAAUAAAUGUACUUAUAUUCUAUGAAAACUGUGAUUAUAUUAACAAAGAAACCAAACACGGAGAGACAGGACCCUAAUUAAUGACUCCACGUUCUACAGAGCGGGAUCAAACCCUCGGACAUUCACUUGCAGUGCGGCGGUAGAAUCAGCACAAGCUUGAUUGAAACACUAAUUUCUCAGUCCACCAACAGCCAAUUCCUGACUAUAUUUGUGCUUUUCCGUCUUUGUGCCGUCUUGAAUCUUUCUUCUGGAGCAGGGGUGUCCAAAGUGUCCUCUUUUUUUUUUUUUUGUGUUAA